GGGAGGGAGGACAGUUUCCUUUCUGUAACACACACGCUACAGGAACACACCGCCGGGAAAAAAACGGGGAGAGGGAAGAAAAUAAUAGCCAAGAGAGGGAGAAGGAAACACCGCAGCCCCUCCGUCCGUUUAUCCGUCCCUCCGUUUGUGCGUCCGUCCUUUUGGUUGUUUUUUUCCCCCCACUUUAAGCCAGAGAAAGCUUUUUUUUCCCCCCCUCUUGCGGACUAACAUGGACAAGAGCUCAUGAGGAGGGCUGACUUUCAGUGAACCACUUCUCUGUGGCUGAUAGGGAGGAAAAAGGCGACGGGGAAGACAUGUUGAGGGGCUCUUCGUCUUGAGGUUGCGGUAGGCUGUUGUCGGUGUUCCGCUCUCUAAACACUCGGCUCCGGUAAGAGGAGAGGAGGAGGAGGAGGCUUAAAAGACGGGGCAAACGAAAACUGAGCUCAGCAGUCAGUUGGUGUGUUUAAUUGGUUUUGUUGUGGUCUGAAAUAAGGCAGGCCUCUAAGGCAGCCCCGCAGUAAAUAAAUACACGGACAGCAGAGGGGCUACCUGCUUAGCUUCAAAUUAAAGCUGCUUUUAUUUUACAUUGACAUUUUCAUAUUUGCUGAGAGUAAAAACAAAGCAGGCUAUUAGAUAUUUGCUAAUUUUUUUUCCUUACAGACGUCAACUCUUUAGGGGGGUUGUAGAAAGGCCCAACUUAGAAAAAAACAACAAAAAAAAAACUUGUCCUAUUAAGACGUUUAUUAUCCUCCACCGUCAGGCUCUAGGCACGGAGGUGCAGAAAAUUAAGUAGGCGGUCUUAGCCUCGGUUUAUUUCGGGUAAAAAAGGAACAAAAGAAGAUUUUUUUAAAUGUUAAUGUCGACCGACGUUGCAUCCAUCAUGCUGCCUGUGUCCCGGGCUCUCAUAGACCGGGACAGGGAGCUGGAGACCAUGGCCGGGGUUCACGCCAACCCGUCCGGUGCUCCAGGAGCCGUGCGAGGCAUGAAGCGCGGAGACCCGGAGCCCGACGGACAGACGGCGGCCGCUCUGGUGGACUCCACUGGGGCUGAGUGCAAGCGCCCCAGAAUCGACGGCUCAGGAGGGAUCGGCGAGAUUGGACAGAACAACGAUCCUUUGACCCUCGGCUACCAUGGAUACCCAUCUCACAGUCAGGAGGCCGUCUUGUUCAUGAGAAGCCAGCCAAGUGCUAGUGCAAACUGCUAUGGUGGUUUGCUGACAUCACCGCCAACAUGCGCCGUUACCGGCUCUCAGGAUAGUGCUGGCGGUCAGGAAGGACUCGUACCCCCACCCUUCUCCGCCUUCCCACCUCCUCCGCCUCCGCCUCCUCAGAACGGCCUGACCCUGGAUUACGGGAGCAGCCUGUAUGCAGCCGGAGCGGUGCAGGGCCCCGUGGAGGCUGGUGGAGCAAGCAACAGCGCGGCCAACCCCGGCAAUAGCCUCAGCCAGUCUGAUGGCUCCUCUCAAAUUGACGGGCAGUCUGUAGUUGGCUCAGGUGGAGGGGGCGGCGGCGGGGGCCCUGGGGAUGAUUCGGACGCCAAGGGGACGCCCAAACGUCUCCAUGUGUCUAACAUCCCCUUCCGCUUCCGAGACCCCGACCUACGGCAAAUGUUUGGGCAAUUUGGCAAAAUCCUUGAUGUUGAGAUCAUUUUCAACGAGAGGGGCUCCAAGGGCUUCGGGUUUGUUACGUUUGAGACCAGCUCAGAUGCAGAGAGGGCCAGGGAGAAGCUCCACGGCACGCUGGUGGAAGGACGUAAAAUCGAAGUUAAUAAUGCCACAGCCAGAGUGAUGACAAACAAGAAAAUGACCACACCAUAUGCUAAUGGAGAGGGCCUUGCAGCACUUCCAUAUGCUGGUUGGAAGUUAAGUCCUAUGGUUGGAGCCAUGUACAGUCCUGAGCUCUAUACAGUUCCAGGGUUCCCGUACCCGGCAGCAGCAGCAGCAGCGGCUGCCGCUUCCACCGCUGCGACCUUUCGAGGAACGCAUUUGCGGGGUCGAGCUCGGCCUGUCUACAGCGCGGUCAGGGCUGCCGUCCCACAACCUGCCAUCCCAGCAUACCCUGGUGUGAUGGCCUAUCAGGAUGGUUUUUACGGUGCAGCUGACCUCUAUGGUGGCUAUGCAGCGUAUCGUUAUGCCCAGCCGGCUGCUGUAGCGACUCCUGCAGCAGCAGCCGCUGCAGCAGCAGCUUACAGUGACAGCUACGGACGAGUUUACACGGCAGAUCCCUACCAUGCUGCACUGGCCCCAGCAGCCUAUGGUGUUGGAGCCAUGGCCACACUCUACAGGGGAGGCUACAGCAGAUUUGCCCCUUAUUAAAAGACACUACAUGACCCAGGGCCUCCCCUCUCCCAUUGAAUUAUUCCGAAAGAGCUCCCUCUGUUGUCCUGGAGGUGGACUGCGCCCUGUUUUAAAGCGUGGAGUCAACCACAGCAAAGAUAUUUCAGACCCCACCCCAGAGCAAUUCCAUGUUUUCUUAUCUAAGCUUCUACAAAAAUAGAGGAAUGCUGUAUUAAAGACUGAAGGGUCGCCUUUACAUGAAAAAAUAAAAAAUCUGACUGAAAAAUGGCCACCUUCUCAAUUGCACGGCUGUAUUAUAGUCUCCCCCUGUUAUUCUCUCAGCACUCAGCAGCACAAGAUUUGGGGACAGAGCCCAGGCAUUCUUCCAGAGGCUGUAUGUGGAUAAUGGACAUUUGAGCAGCUGCCUUAGAAGGAGCCGAGCGCCGGCUGGCCUGCACACACUCUGAGGAAAGUAAGAGGGAAGCAGACAGUCUCGAGAGCAGAAAGGUGCCUUCAGUUAGAGCACCCGCAAAAAGAUUUUUGAACCAGAAUGGCGAAAUAACAAAAGCACCCAGUGGUGGGUUUUAGAGUCCGUCUUCAAUGUCGGCAGAUGGUAAAGGGAUGAGUUUCACUCUUUCAGUGUUCUGCUGUGAAGAAGACUGAACCCAGCAUCUUGGAGAAAUGAUGGAAAGAUGAAGGAGGGAGGGUUUAUUAGAGCUGUUCCUUACCUCAAGUUUCUCUUUGUAUGUGGAAAUGGUAAACCUUUAAACUUAAAAAAAUGUUAUAUGCAAAGAAAUUAGUUUAGAGAAAAAAAAUUACCAAAUUAUUAUUAUUAUUAUUACUGUUGUAAUUAUUCUCAUUCUUCUUACUAUAAAACCAUUUUUUUGUUUGAAACAGCUGCACCACUGUGGUGGAGGUUCAUCAGUGAAACUCGGGGGGUAUAAUAACAACAACAACAAAAAAAUGCAUCUUUAUUACAAACACUCCACUCUUCAGUAAUAUACCAACUAUAUCUCACGUCUUCUUGGUCAUGCACAGAAUUUCACUACACAGUCUGUGUGCAGCCAUCAUAAAACACUACAAAAAAGUGCAACACUACACUGUAAACAUGCUCCUGUUAAGUUUACAUCCUGUUGGAGAUCAUCUGCUUGCAGCCGUAGGGGUUGUUCAGGUAUCUGGUGGUCUGUUUAUUGUAAAGCUCUAUUAUUUAGAUUUUCCCCUCAUUCUUCAUCUUUUAUAGAGUCCAGCAAUGGAUGAGUCUUCCUGAAACAUACUUUAGUUGGUAAUUGCGUUUAAGAUGCUGCCAACAGCAAUUACUGAGCAAGACAGAGAUUCCGUUGGUGAGUUGAUAGUGAAUAUUUAAAUGCAAAACACAUUACUAUUGUGCAUAUUUCUAUACUAUUGUACCCUAUAUUUCCAAAAUGUGGCUUUUUCUUUUGACUUUUAUUUUGUGUUCCAAAGAUUUGUAGAAAGCACAUUUUUCUGCCGUAUAAAUAUAUAUAUAUAUAUAUAUAAAUAUAAAUAUAUUACUUGUGUUAUCAUUAUCAUGCUCUUAUAGCUGUCUUUAUUUACGUUUUAAAUGUUUUUUUUGUUGUUUUUUUUAAUAUAUAAAAAUGUGUUUUAUCACUUCUUCAGUAAGGUGCAAAUUUCAACUUUUAUUUUUUGGGCUCGGAUUAAAAUUCCUGAGCUGAGAGCAUACAUCGAUAGCGUAACUAAAGGUAUGCCGGUAACGUCACCAAAGUGUUUAAUUUUUAUUAUUUUGUUUUUUGUUCAAUUUAUCAUAGGAAUUGUUGUUGUGAUAUGUAAUCAUUAUUUCACCAAUUACAAAAAGUGCUUUUUUUCCCUCGUCCCUUUGUUUCAGUGAGCCAUAGAAUGAAUGAGACCAGGUCUGUGGCACUUUCAUUAAAUUAACCUCUUUUUCUUUUAUGUUUUUAGUUUUUUUUGUUUCUAUUUUCUUCUUUUGCUUGAUUUGUUUUUCCUGUAUUUUAAUGAAGACUCCUUAUCAUUUCAGUGGAUAGUCAGUUUGAAUGACUGAAAGUGGUUUUACUCAUGCAUACACAGGUUGAUAUUCUGGUUUGGCAAAUCAUAUACAUUGUGUAAAAUAGGACUGUUUUUAAACUGUUUUUGGGGUGGGAUUGGAUUCAAUUUUUAUUUUUUAAUGUCCCAUUUUUUUAACUAUUGAAAAAAAUAUAUUUUGGGCAGCCACAUGUUUUUUUUUUCCUUUCAUUUAACAGUUCUAGUUCAUCCUUUUGGUUUGGUAUUUUAUCUAAAUAUAGAAUGUGCUCUGGACUAAAUUUUAAAAAUGGCACUAGCCAAAGAUGUUAAGUUUCCAGCAUGUUCUGGUUCCCAACCUGAAAAGUGCUCAAAAAAAAAAAAAAAAAGAAAUUCACGAAGAUGGACUUUUAGAGCCACUACUGGCAUGGACAAACCAGCAUGAGUGAUAGUUGUCAUGUAAAAAAAAAAAAGAAAAGAAAAAAAAAAUGUCUUGCAUGAAUCUCGUGAGUUCUCAUAUUUGAUUCCUACAGCGGAGAGCCGCAGCACCCUCCAUCACCACUAAACUUCCUGAUGGGCAGCUAGCGGUUCCAAUCUAGCUGACAACAAAGAGCACAUUGCUGUUGGCAAAAAAAAUAAAUAAAAUAAAAUCGCCUGCUGACAAACAAAAUGGCUGCUGAAGAAAAUGGAAUUUGGCAGCUUCAUUUUUCUGUCAUGGCUUUCUUGGCCCUGUAUUAUAGAAAACUAUGUGGUCAUUCUUCAUAGUUAAUAUAGUUUUUCAAUGAACGGUCCCUUUGUCCUGUCUGUAUCCCUUUGACUACCAUUGUUUAAUUUUUUUCCUUUUUUGUUAUUGAAUGUCCAUAUAAAAUGUUUUAUAUAAAAUGUUUUGUUGUGCUUGA